AUGGGCACUUUAAGUGUACCAAUUUUAUUAUUAGUUGGUCGAAAUCCCCGAAAUGGAUUAUUUUAUUGCGUCACUACACGUUUCAUUGGAUGGCUCUUCGGUUUCACAAUAAUUCUCGAAGGAGUUGAAAAUAUCCGUCAAAAAUCUGCUGGCGUUGUAAUGCUAAACCAUCAAUGUUUCCUCGACAUGUUGCCAAUCGCGCACGUCAUGCCACUCCUAAAAAAAUGUACAAUCGUCAUGAAGAAGGAAAUAAGUUACGUACCGAUUUUCGGAUGGGGCGCCUACCUCGCUGGGAGUAUUUUCAUCAAGCGCGAAGACCGUCAUAAUUCCGUCACUACCAUCCGAGAGCAGAUAAAUUGCAUUACGAAGGAUAAAACGUCAAUUUUGAUAUUUCCCGAAGGAACGAGAAAUCGUGAAAAAACGUUGUUGCCAUUCAAAAAGGGAGGAUUUUACUUGGCUGUCGAUGCCCAGUGUCCGAUUUAUCCCGUCGUUGUGCAGCCCUUUAAGAGUUACAAUCAUUCCUCGCAGAUAUUUGAAGGCUCCAAGGUAAAAGUGCGAAUUAUGAAACCGAUAAUCACAAAGGGAUUGACUCACAAAGACGUCCCGGAGUUAAUUCGAACCGCACAGAAAGCGAUGCAAGAGGAAUUUACAUCUCUGUGGAAUGAGUCAUAA